CAGAGAUAGGGGACGGGUUGUGACUUGGUGUUGUUUUAGAGAAGUGUUUGUUUAGUAUAUUAAUAGGAUGGAACCGUAUGAUGUUAUCGUUAACCAGCCCGUAGUUAUUGAUAAUGGUUCAGGGGUGAUCAAAGCAGGUUUUGCGGGAGACCAGAUACCAAAAUGCCGUUUCCCAAAUUAUAUUGGACGGCCAAAGCACAUCCGCGUGAUGGCUGGAGCGCUAGAGGGAGAUCUGUUUGUUGGCCCUAAAGCUGAAGAACAUCGGGGUUUGCUUAGCAUCCGUUACCCAAUGGAACAUGGCAUUGUGACAGACUGGAAUGAUAUGGAAAGGAUCUGGCAGUACAUAUAUAGCAAAGACCAGCUGCAAACAUUCUCAGAAGAGCAUCCAGUACUAUUAACAGAAGCCCCUCUGAAUCCGAGGCGGAAUAGGGAAAAGGCUGCAGAGAUUUUCUUUGAAACAUUCAAUGUUCCUGCGCUCUUCGUAUCUAUGCAAGCUGUUCUUAGCCUAUAUGCCACGGGUCGCACGACAGGUGUCGUAUUGGACUCAGGGGACGGAGUUACGCAUGCUGUCCCAAUUUAUGAAGGUUUUGCUAUGCCUCAUAGUAUUAUGAGGAUUGAUAUUGCGGGACGAGACGUGUCGAGAUAUCUCAGGCUGCUGUUACGCAAAGAAGGAGUUAACUUCCGUACGACAGCAGAAUUUGAGAUUGUACGAACUAUCAAGGAGAAGGCGUGUUAUCUUGCAAACAAUCCUCAGAAGGAAGAAACCGUGGAAACCGAGAAAUACCAAUACACACUUCCAGAUGGCAGCACAUUAGAGAUUGGUCCUGCUCGGUUCAGAGCCCCAGAAGUUCUGUUCCGGCCAGAUCUCAUCGGAGAAGAAUAUGAGGGUCUCCAUGAAGUUUUGCUGUACUCCAUACAGAAAUCUGACUUGGACCUUCGCAAAGUAUUAUUUCAGAAUAUCGUCCUUUCAGGAGGCUCUACGUUAUUUAAGGGAUUUGGUGAUAGACUGUUAUCAGAAAUUCGAAAAUUAGCUCCAAAAGACAUGAAGAUAAGGAUAUCAGCACCCCAGGAACGCCUAUACUCUACUUGGAUUGGUGGCUCAAUCCUAGCAUCGCUUGACACGUUCAAAAAAAUGUGGGUAUCGAAGAGGGAAUAUGAUGAAGAGGGACAACGUGCAGUCCAUCGGAAGACAUUCUGAAGUGAUGCGGAUUGGACAUCGGGUGCUGUCAUCGCGAUGUAGACGUACGGCUUUGGUCUUUGUAACAUAUGGACAAAGUAAUUGUGCCUCCUCAAAUAUGUGACAUUACAUUAGUAUCCAUGUUGCUCGUGAUAUCCUUAAUAUUUGCUUGUUGUAAGUGUUGACUUUCCCUUGGGGAUCAGAGCUUCGUAAUCAUUCUGCAGAAUAAAACUGUCACGGUAAUAAUUUGGGUCUGUGAUAGAUGCUUUGCGAAAGAAACAUUAGUCAAGAGCAGGCAUGAAACAAUACUGAGAGCAAACUGAAAUGUUUAAUUUGUAUGAUGCACAUUUCAUUAGCUGAAAAUAGUUUCUUCCACAUAUGCAAAUAUGUAGAGACAAGAAUUUGAUCUAAUUUGACCUGUUUAUCAGGUCUAUAGUAAUGAUCUGUGUUUCGUUUUCAACUUCCCUUCUAAAUCUUUACAUAAACAUUUCAAAGUCAUUCUUUUUUAGGGAAGCAAUUAAAUUUAAAAUUUCCCUCUGUUAUGGGAUACUGUCAUUGGGAAAUAUCAUAAACAGUAAAAUAUGGGACCUCCCCCUGGUGGACCGUGCGGCCCCGGACCUCCGGGUCCUCCAGGGGUCCCAAUCCGAUUUCCCAUAAAAAUAUAGGAAAUCGGUAUGACACGAUGUAACACGUUAAAAGUGUAAGCAAGACCAAGACCGCAAGUUAAAUGCAGUUUGGUGAGGUUAAAAAGUAGUGAAAGACAUGGGAGGAAGAAAUUAUGGGGUGGCUAAUUGAGCUGAAUUUUUCCAUUAUUUGCUGUGCUGCACAAAACCACUUUGGUGUUCAAAUACAUUAGUAAAAACGAAACCGCUUUUAGCUUUUUAAACUGUAGCAGGGUUUUUUUGUAUGCUGCUACAGCUGUUUGGCAGACCAUGUAUAAUGAAAUUUUUCGCUUCCAGCAAAUACUUGUUCACAUUUAUUUUCACGCGCACGAAAGAAUCCCUGUUGAAGAACGGUUUGCUGUAUAUCAGUUUCGUAGAGGCUUUUUAGUGCAAUUGCAGAAUGGCUUGAAGUUGUGAGUCCGGUUGGAUGCGUGUUAGGUUAAAUUAUCUAAAGAUCAAGUUACCAAAAAGGAACCAACUUUUAAAACAAGUUUGUAUUGAAGUUAAAGCCAUGACGCAGAGUACAGGAUGGGGACCCCUGGAGGAGCCGGAAGCGCAGGAGGUCCAGGGCCGCACGGUCCACCAGGGCGAGGUCCUGGAGGAGAUCCCAUAAUCAUAGGAGGCAUAGAUUUAUCUCGUCGUACCAUAAGAGGAUACAGCGAGCGCAUCCGUGACUUGGCUCUGGAGAAUCCUCUUAUUGUAGGAUUGGUAUCCGAGGCAUUAUAUUGUCGAAACAUCUCCAUUGGAAAACAUCAGGACCCCAUUCUUGCUUCCCUAAGAAAAAAACCUGUAACUAAAACUUAGGCACCGUUAACAACCCAAUUCUGGAAAAGGAUGACGUUCGGACAAUCUAAAGAGAAGCCAAG